AUGACGGACCCUCAGGAGUGUGCCAGCCAGGAGAAGCCCAGCCUGUCCUUUUCUAUCGAGGAGAUCUUAAAGAAACCUUCUGCCAGAACCAGCCACAACAGUGAAAUCAGGAAUAGAAGCAACAGCGCCAGGAGACUGCCAACCCUAAAAGUAGGAUCACCACUGGAUGUUGAUUCCAGCAGCAGGAGUCAAUUAGACAGUGAGUUACUUUCAGUCAAAGAGUUUCACCCAGCCAUGCGUCCUACACCUACAGCCAAGGCAAAGACAGGGCGGUCAGCUUUCUGCAGGAGCCUAACUGAUUGCUCGGCUUCCCUUCUGGAUGAGGACAGAGGAUGUGAACACCUAGAAGGCAAAAGAAAACAWGAGGAAGAUCAGCUAUAUGACUUCCCAGCAGAUCAUCCACUUCACRAGAGGAAAGGGAAACGAAGAAUCCGGACAACAUUCACAGCUGAGCAACUCCAAGAACUGGARAAGAUUUUCCAAGUCACUCACUACCCUGAUAUCCAUAUCCGCAACCAGCUGGCAGCAAAGAUCAAUCUCCCAGAAGCCAGAGUGCAGAUUUGGUUCCAGAACCAGCGAGCAAAAUGGAGGAAAAAUGAAAAAUCUGGCAACUUUGGUGGUCUUCAGCACCUGACAGAAGUUGAUUUCAUUCCUGCUCCCAAAGCAGAUAUCACAGUUCCUAGCUUGGUGCCCAGAAAACUCACUGCCACCAUUCCUGCUGUGGGAUACUACUCACCACUACAAGGGCAUCUGACAACAGCCUGGCUGCCCAGCGUGCUCUCCUUUGCCCCUCAUCACUUGGAGCUCCUACCCUUCCCUAAACCUUAUCUGGUCUUCAACUACCAUCCUCCUUACAACACCUUGCUGCCCCACAGGUUGGAACAGAGCAAUGGCUGUGGCAGCUCCACAUAG